UUUCGAGAGCAGGUGGUUGAAAAUGUCCUCGCUUUAAACUUUUCGUAACGUGACAACGACCCGACUUCGUUUCAAUCCGGAAGAAGAGAAAAACCGCUGAAUAAUUAGCACGGAGGCGGAAUAAACAUUAGAACGUCAUUCUUCUUUUUUCGACUUGGAAUUAUCUUUCGUUCUGUUCGGUUUCGUUCUUUUUUUUUUUUUUUUUAAUCGAAAGACAAUAAAUAUAUCAUUCACAUUUUUUUCUCAAUACCAAAUAAUUUGUCAUUCUGUUGUUGAAAAGGAGAGAAGUUCGACAGUUUUCGCUGCUUCAAUUUUAUUUUCGAAGUGAUAAAAUUAUAUUUGCUUUGAUAAUUUAUAAGAGUGUUUGAUGAGACUGAAAAAGAAACUUGCAAACUUUUCGUUUUGUUUCGAAUAUCGUCCCGCUCGGAAAAGAGUGUGACUGUGCCGUAGUUUGACUGUUUGUGAAGAAGAAAAACUAUUUAAUUGUGAACUGUUUUACUGUGUGAAGUAUGCUGUGACUGCAAAAAUUUGAGCUCUUGACUGUGAAAAACUGCAAUUAAUUCAAAGUUCGACUUCAGCCAGGAAACUGCUCGUUUAUGCCGCGAAUUCGAAUACGGUCUUGGAUAAUCCAUGCGACCAAAAUUCUUCUGGCCGGUGUUGGAUGAGAAAUUCUCCAAUUCAUUAACUGAGAGGAAGAGAGACAAGACCAAGUUCAUUAACUUUUCGAUUCGUUGGAUUGUUUGUAAUCAAAGAAAUCCACAUUUCGACCCGGCGCUUCACGUGAAGUUUUCGCGCGCUUUUAGUCGCGGAACUUUGUAACUGUAAAAUUCAUUCAGCGGUUAAAAAAUAAUAAAACUUAAGGAUUCUGUCGUUUUCUGUUGAUAUUUGGAGGACAAGGAGCUGAUGUCUUGGGCAACCAGUUUGCCAAAAGUGGAGGUAGCGCAGCCCCAAACAUCCUCUGGAUCCAUUAAAGCUCAGAUUGAAAUUAUUCCAUGUAAAGUUUGUGGUGACAAGUCAUCUGGUGUACAUUACGGUGUUAUUACUUGCGAAGGUUGUAAGGGUUUUUUCAGGCGAAGUCAGUCCAGUGUUGUCAAUUACCAGUGUCCGAGGCAGAAGAACUGUGUGGUCGAUCGAGUCAACCGGAACAGGUGCCAAUACUGUCGCUUACAAAAAUGCCUUGCUCUUGGGAUGUCCAGGGAUGCGGUUAAAUUCGGUCGCAUGUCCAAGAAGCAGCGCGAGAAGGUCGAAGACGAGGUGCGCUAUCAUCGAGCCCAAUUAGUCCGUCCACAGCCGCCGCCAGCCCUCCAGGGGCCACCGAUGACUGAAACCUCUCCAGACAGCUCGGUUUUUGACCAGCAGCAACCGUCCUCCUCCAAUCAGCAUGUGCCCUACCUGAAUAACGGGUAUAAUUACAAUGGUGACAUGAACGCAUAUACUCCAAAUGGCUACAACAACUACAAUAGUAAUCAAGGCCUGACGUUUGAUCUCUCUAGUACAGACUUUGUAGACAGCACAACAUUUGAUCCUCGUCAGUUAUUAGAACCUAUACCUGACACAAGCAGUCUAUUGUCUACGAUUGUACCUUCAUCAGGCCCGCCGGUUGCAAAUUCGAAUUCUACACACAUAGAUUUGCUAGCAAGAACGAUCUCAGAAGCCUAUAUGAGAACAUGCCUGUACACUUCAGAGCAAAUACAAGAAUUUAUCAGAAGACCACAAGACGUUUCAAGAAUUCUAUAUUAUAAGAGCCUGGCUCACGAGCAUUUAUGGUUAGACUGCGCUUCAAGAUUAACAGCCAUUAUUCAACAAAUUAUUGAAUUUGCUAAAAUGGUCCCUGGAUUCAUGAAACUGUCCCAAGAUGACCAAAUUGUUCUUCUAAAAUCAGGUGGUUUUGAGCUAAGUAUAAUACGUAUGAGUAGGUAUUAUGAUUUAGCUUCAAGGUCAGUUUUAUAUGGUGAAAGCUUACUACCGGUGGAAGCAUUUAGUACUUCAGAUACAACAGAAGUAAAACUGGUGAAUAACGCCUUUGCUUUUGCACGAAGUAUUGCUGAAGUGAAGUUGACAGACACAGAAUUGGCACUCUACUCUGCUUAUGUACUUCUCUCUCCAGAUCGGCAAGGAUUAAAAGGACUGGCUGAAAUCCAGCGUUUAAGUAAUGCCACUCUGAAGGCUCUCCGUCAGGAACUCGACCGCACACAUAAGCUUCCAUUCAAAGGAGACAUUACAGUUUGUGAGACACUUCUGGCUAGAAUACCUGCGUUACGAGAACUUAACAUUCUUCACAUGGAAGCUUUGGCCAAACUUCGCCGAACAGCACCUCAUCUUGACUUUCCAGCUCUUCACAAAGAACUAUUCUCAGGAGAGAUCCAGUAAAAGUAGUUGCAGUGGAAUAAAAAGAAAAAUAUACACAACGAAAGUUUCAAAUGUAUCACUAGAUAUUUCUGUAGUUUGCAUUCAUUAACAGGUUUUGAUAGGAAACUGAAUGAAUAGUUUGAAUGUUUUUGGUGGUAACUUUAGUUGCUUGUUUUAUUACUAAGGAUGAUGUUAAAUCUUUUCAUAGUCUGAAUACAGUGUUAAGGUAUUCGAAUUUUAAAUCUAACCAGCUCCUUUCGAUUAUAAGCAAACUAAUUUAAAAUUAAUUGAUUAAUGAAAUACAAGAGAAAGCAAUGAUUAUUGAAAUCUCUUUUGUUGAGUUAGAAUUUUCUUUUACUGAUCUUGAUCUUUGACUGUGGAUGAAUGGCUGAUGUUGUUCGGGCUUUUCUCGCAUGUAUUUGUAAUUUUUGUCUGGUUGUUAGAUUAUUCUUCAGCAGUAUUCUGGUAAUGGAUUAUUAACUUUUGUUUUAUUUGAACUGUUAAUAUUUAAUGGAUCGUGUACUUCAUUGUUGAUUUCCUGCAAGGCAAACUGAAGUGAUGAAAUGUUUUGCAUGCAGGUGUUAAAAAUUGCCGGUAUUAAAUGUGAUAUGUGUCGAACUCUUACAGCAAAUGUGUUUCUCCCUUGAAAGUUUCUAUGGUAUAUUACGGUUAAGGCUUCAUUGUACAAAGGGAUCAUUAUGGAUACAGAACAAACAAUGUACAAACAUUGAAAAUUAGUAGCUGUAAAACUGCCUGUAUCAUUAAUAUUUUAUUGACUCAUUAAUAGGAUAUUAUUAUUUAUUUAUAUAGCAAGCAUCUAUUUUACCAUAUAUGUCAAUUUUUUAAUGGUUCACAUUUUUGCAUGUUUUUGUUUUCCGUUUUGACUUUUCAUAUUAUAACUAAAUCUGACAUGUCUGGCUGAUUCCAAAAUCGCCAGGGAGUAUCGCCAUUAAGAGAGAUUAAAAAUAACAUUGUGAAAAUUCUGUCCUGUAAAUGUAGCACAUCAAACUGUUUGCAACAUAUGCUCCAUAGUUACAUGCUAUUAGGCAUCACAUCUGAUAUUAAUUACAUCAUUCUAUGAUUUAUUGCAUACUUAACAAGAUAGUGAGAAGCCGUUAAAAUAUAGUUGCCACAUUAAAGUUUUUAAAGCUAUAUAUUGGUAUUUUUAAUGAAAUGCACAAGAGGAUGUUCAAGUUUUUAAAAUCAAAUGUUGCAAAUUUAUAGUGCCUCUAGAAUUUUCUAGCAUUUUGUAAAUUGUAGCUGUAAAUGAAAUAAAUUAGAAGCAUGCAGAAGCAUUUUAAUAUGAAGCUCUUGGUGAUUCAUUUAUGUUAAUGCUGGUUUAACAGAUGCUAAAUGCGUUUAAAUUAGUGUAUUGAUGUGUAAAUUCAUUUUUUAUUGACUCUGUGUUAAGGCAUAUAAGUAUUUUUGAAACUAUUAAAUGAAAUAUAAAAUAUGUGUAUUCGUGGUAUCGACGUAUUUCAAAAUGACUAAUUAAUGUUGUUUGUGUUAUAUUGUAAUGGAUAUUAGAUAUAUGUUUACUAACUACUUGAAAUCUUCGCAUUGAAUUUAUAAAGAACGUAAAGGACAUAAUAUAUUAAUGUUAUUUUGUAAGUGAAUCUUUUGUAAUACAAAAAUUGAUUCCAGCAAAAAAGAAAAGUUUAAUUGAAAAGCAUUUAUUUCUAAAUUGAUGAAAUUGCAUUUACCAUUUUUAAUAAAAAAAAAUGUAUCUAAAUAAUAAUGUAAGCAACUUUGUAACAACAAAAGAACUUUUAGAAGAACUAGUAGUUAGUAAUCAGUAUUACUGUUUUCCUGCCCUUUAAUUGGUGCUAAUAUAUUUAGCAUUCACUUGUUUAUCGAAAUAGAAAGUAAUGAAUUUUGAAAUAUUCUUAGUAGUAUGGAAUACAGAUGAUAAUAUACUUUGCUACAUAUUAAUUGUUCUCAACACCCGUUGAUGAAUUUUAAAAAUUUAUUUCUAUUGUUUCUAUUUUAUAGAUUUGUUUAUUUCAUCAGGUUUUGCAAUUAUGUUAUGUAAAUGUUAUUAUUGGUGGCUGAAGAAAUGUAAAGUUAUUUUAUGAAAUGUUUCUCCUGUGGAAAGAAAUCUCAAGAUUUUCAGGAAAGGGUUUUAAUUAUCUUUGAAUAAUUAAUAAAGAAUGCACUUUGUUCAAUAAAUUUGAAAUUUUGAAGAGUGGUUGUAAUUAAUAUGUACAUAAAUUACUUUGUCUACUUAAAGAUGUGCUGUUACAUUUUAAUGUUGUGUUGUAAAACUCAUGUAGAAAGAUAAAAUUGUUCAUGUUUUUUCUGAAUUCCUAUUGAGUUUUUCUCUGAAUUUCAAUUUUGUUUUCUGUAAUUUCAAGAGCGCUACGGCUAUCUUGAUGUUAUUGUUCCUGAUGAUGUUUUGCUUGAACAAGCAAAAUACUGUGUAUAUAGCUGUAAGUUCUUAUGGAAUUAAUAACAGUAAGUGCUGUGAAAUAUGCUAAAUAAGCUUCUAAAUAAGU